GCUGAAUGACAUUUUUCCUUUAAGAGGCUGCUCAGUUGAUGCCGGAGAGAGUGGAUGCUUUAUUUUGGGCUGUGCGGUGAUGGAUUGAGCUGGUCUGGCCAGUAGCUGUGUGGUGGGAGGAUCUGGGAGUAGAGGCUGCUGGUGACUACUUGCACACAGGAGGUAGGAGCUGCAGCAGACACCAUGGAUUUCAAUGUGAAGAAGCUGGCGUCUGAUGCCGGGGUGUUCUUCACCAGGGCUGUGCAGUUUACUGAGGAGAAAUUUGGCCAAGCAGAGAAGACAGAGUUGGACGCUCACUUUGAGAACCUCCUGUCUAGAGCUGACGGUACAAAAAACUGGACUGAGAAGAUCCUACAUCAGACCGAGGUCCUCUUGCAGCCCAAUCCCAGUGCUCGGGUAGAAGAGUUUUUAUAUGAAAAAUUGGACCGGAAGAUUCCCUCUCGGGUGACCAAUGGAGAGUUGUUGGGCCAGUAUAUGACCGAGGCCGCCAAUGACUUUGGGCCUAGCUCGCCUUAUGGGCAAACGCUUAUCAAGGUGGGGGAGACGCAGAAACGUCUGGGGAUUGCAGAAAGAGACUUCAUCCACUCUUCAUCUAUCAACUUUCUGACUCCUCUGCGCAACUUUUUGGAAGGAGAUUGGAGAACCAUUUCUAAGGAGAGGAGAAUUCUGCAGAACCGCCGCUUGGAUCUUGACGCUUGUAAAGCGAGACUGAAAAAAGCUAAAGCAGCGGAGGCAAAAGCCGCGGCUUUGCCUGAUUUUCAGGAGACCCGACCUCGUAAUUACGUACUGUCGGCCAGUGCGUCAGCGCUUUGGAGUGACGAGGUGGACAAGGCAGAACAUGAACUGAGAGUGGCCCAGACAGAGUUUGAUCGCCAGGCAGAAGUGACCAGACUGCUCCUGGAGGGGAUCAGCAGCACUCACGUCAAUCACCUUCGCUGUUUGCAUGAGUUUGCAGAGGCCCAAGCUACAUACUAUGCUCAAUGCUACCAGUACAUGGUGGAUCUGCAGAAACAACUGGGCAGCUCCAAGGGCGAGGUAUUUCCUUCAACAUUCGUGGGGAAUCCAGAAGCCGUGUCCCCACCUCUGAGCACCUCCCCUCCAGCAGCCACUAUCUCCUUGCUCCAAGCUGUAAGCCCCAACCCUGUAGAUGGAACCCUGAACCCAGCAGAAGUCAAACCCCCUGCCAGCGGCACGAGGAAAGCAAAAGUGCUGUAUGACUACGAGGCGGCCGACAGCACCGAGCUUGGGCUCAGGGCCGACGAGUUAAUCACUGUAUACAGUCUCCCUGGCAUGGACCCAGACUGGCUUGUCGGGGAAAGGGGGAAUCAGAAAGGCAAAGUCCCUGUUACAUACCUGGAACUCCUCAGUUAGACCGGAGGCGACCGCUCUGCAGAAUCUCUCAACAAAGCCAAUUGCCCCUUCCCCAUGGGGCCGUUCAAUUGCUCGGAGGCUGCUGCUGCUUCAAGUUUCUUUUUAGUCUGUCCUUGCAAAUCCUUUGUCUACCAGACCCCUUUACUGUGGUUGAUCAGCCUCCAAAGUCUAUAAAUAUCUUCCAGCCCAUAACGGGUUAAGCACCUCAAUGUGUCACACACCACCAUUCCGCUGUCGAGGGAGCAGCCCAAAAACGAAUCCAUCAUGCUUGCACUAAAGUCAUACAUUUCAUACGUUACCCCCUUCCCAGCAAAGUCACUACAUGUUGGGCAGUAUACACCCCCCCCCCCCCCCCCCAAAUGUACCAAAUUACAGUCAGGAACAGCAUAUGUGGAGCUUUACAGGUUCUGGGGUAUCAAAUAGAGAGAAAAUGCCCAAUCCUAAACCUUGUAGCAUCUAAGAUUAGUGAUUCCUCACCAGUGUGCCUCCAGCUGUUGCAAAACUUGGAGUUGUGGUUUUGAAACAGCUGGAGGCACACUGGUUGAGAAACACUCAUCUAUAUUACAAGAUCACUAUGCAGAGUAGGUUUAGGGUGCAUUCGGCUGUUCUAUGAACCCCAUCAGUGUAACACAGGAUUACUAUUCAAGCCAUCUACCUUUCCAGCACUCUGACCAAAAAUGGAUACAUCAUAGGGUUAAAGGGGUACUCUGUUGGAAAACUUUUUUUUUUUUUUUUUUUUUAUCAACUGGUGCCAGAAAGUUAAACAGAUUUGUAA